AUGGGUGUUCCGACUGCCCUCAGAGCUUUCUCACACCAACCAGAGGAGGAGGCGAGGUGUGCACCGUCAGAAGAGGGCUGGACGCGAGAGCUCCGGCCUGCGGGCAGGGUGACCAUCAGCCAGCUCCCACUGCGCCUGUGCCACUUGCAGCGAGCACAGAUUUUGGCACAUCGGAUUUUGGCUCAUUGGAAUUUGGCUCAUCGUGCCUUUUCCUGCUCCCCCUGGAGAGGCAGUAUCAGUUCCCCUCACAAGCAGUUCAGCAGGCAGAGAUGCGGCCAGGCUGUGCAGAGCAGGCCUUCCCGGGCACACCAGGGCUGCACAGCUUCUGGGUCAGGGCUGAACGGAGCCUGGGCAGUGCUCGCACAGGCCCCGAGUGCCUUGCCAGCAUUCCGUAACUCCUGGAGGCACCAUCAUCUGUGCAGAUACCUCUUCGUAGCAAGAGUGAGACAUGUACCAUACCAUCUAAAUGAUGAGUACAAAAAGAAGGAAAAAGAGAAAAAAAGCCUCCACCCUUUUGAUCAGUCCCACCAUCUGGAAGGAACUGGGGAGACCAAGAUGGUGAGGAAAGCUUGCCUUACUGAGAGUAAAAGGAACUGUUUAUGUACUGCCAAAUACUCACUGGGAAAAGGAGCAAAACACAGACCAUAAAAUUCUUGCAUCUGUUGACCAUUUAAUCUUUUCUUCUGUAAACAACAUUAUGUAGCAUUGUAUAUUACUAAAGAAAAAAGAAAUAAACUUCUACCAGGCAGGUUAUGAGAACCCACUGGACAUUUCUUCCCUGUUAGCCAGUAGAGCAGAUUGGUCUGCAUCCUGAGUCCUGAGGAUUUAGAUAACUUUAGAUAACUUCCACUCUUUUGUUUUUCUUUUCUUUUUUUUUUUUUCCAGUAUAUGUCUGUUUUCAGUCUCUAGUGUACUAAUUCAAUAAUGUAUUCAUUUUAGCCCUGUGAAACUAUUUACAUGCUGUGCUUCUGUUGUAUUUCUUUGGAGAGAAGAAAACUCAAAAGACCACCAGGCAGAAAGUCAAGUGAUCAGUCCAUGGUCCCACUGGGCUUGUGGAAUUAAGGGAUGAAAUCUCUGCUGUUGUACAAUGGUCCAUGAGGAGGCUGGUGACAACAGGGAAGGAGAGAAAGAUAGGGAAAUUUUUAUUUCAUCAGUUUAUGACUUCUAAAGAACUGCUCUGCUGUUUUAAACCAGUAAAUUUUUCCUCUGCCUUCACACCUUCACAUCAAGAGUCUGAUAGACACUGGAAACAGAUGGAAGAUAGUA